AUGGCGCAGUACUCUGCGGUCCCGACGAGCGAGGAAGCGGCCGACUUCCAUCAGAGCUCAUCAGGCAACGCUCCAACCUCGACGUUCUCCUUCGAUGAAAAGCCCCUCUCCUCUGCGCAGACUCGGGUACAGAAGUGCGUUGCUUGGUGCCGAAACAAUGCCAGAUCAUUCCUCCCCUCUUACUGUCAGGCCAGCCGGGGCGGCACAGGGAGGAAACUGCGCUCCACGGCAUAUCUCGACGCACUGCGCGGGUACGCCUCGGUCUUUGUGUACUUCGUGCACGUCUUCCCGUCGACCGACCAGACCAACUGGCGCUUCAUACCGUUUGUGAGCACCAUGUUCAGCGGCCGAGGGAUGGUGGCUCUGUUCUUUGUCAUCUCAGGCUACGCACUGUGCUACAGCCUGCUGCUGAGCAUGUACAAGCAAGACGAGGGCCAUCUCCUCAACUCCCUCGCAUCGUCCACCUUCCGCCGCUUCACUCGUCUCUAUGGCAGCACGGCGGUCGCUCUGCUCAUUGCGUUCGCCAUGCUCCGCCUCCAGCUCUACGACGGCAUGUGGAGCCGCGACAUCUACAUGGACUCGUUCUUCGAGCAGUUUGUAGAUGUCCUGCGCGAUAUCUGGUACAGCAGCAAUCCGUUCGGGAACAUCCAUGACCUUGACAUCGGCAUCUCGGCCAAAUACCUCCCCCAGACAUGGACCAUCCCGGUCGAGUACCGCGGCAGCGUGAUGCUGUUUGCAUUCUGCACGGCCUUCUGCAAAGUGUCGCCUCGUACACGCAUGGCCUUCACGUGGCUGGUCAUCUUCGCGGGCUUCGCGUGGCAGACGGUCUACGUCUCGAAUUUCAUGUUCGGGCUCUUCAUCGCCGAUCUCGCCAUCUAUCGCCAACAACGCCACGGUCUCCUCGCCGGCACCUUACCCACCAGCACCACAACUCUACCAGACACAGACACACCUCCUCCGCAAUCCCAAUCCUUACGGUCCAAAACCCUCCACACCCUCCUCCUCUUGACAGGGCUGUACCUCCUAGGCCAACCAUGGGCCGACGACUCGCUCCUCUUCCUGAACUACCCGUGGCCGUACCUGAAGUCGUUCGCGCGAUGGUACUGGAACCGAUACGACGUGCACACGUUCUGGUACGGAUGGGGCGGGUUCGCGACCGUCUACGCGCUGGAGUUCUACCCAGCCCUGCAACGGCCCCUGCUCGCCCGCUUCUCCCAGUAUCUCGGCCACAUCUCGUUCGGCAUCUACCUUAUGCACGUCCCGUUCGGGCUCGGCGUCAAGCGGAUCUAUCUCGAUGUCUGGCGCGCCGAGAUCCUGGGUGAUGGGAAUCUCGCGCUGUUUGUCGUCUUCUUGCUCACCACGGCCAUUGUCUUCACCGCGGGCGAUUAUUUCACCAUGCUGGAUGCGAAGGUCGUGAGGUUUGCAAGGUGGUUGCAGGGCAGGGUUUUUGUUACUUGGCCCACGAGGCAUUGA